UAUAUAAAUGAAUCGAGCGGUCGACAGAUACAUACACGCUAGCCACUACACCAUAGGGAUUUGCAACUUUGCAAGCAAGCAAGAAAGCAGCUAGCUAGCGAGCUCGACCAUGGAUGAGUUCACUUUCCCCACUGUCCCGGGCGGGCAGUGCAAGCUCGCGCCGUUCCCUCCGCCGUGGUUCGUCGCCGCCGUCGCGGAGGAGGAGGACGACGGCAGCAGCGGCUCGCCGUGGGGCCGCGACGAGAGGAUGGACAUGCUGUGGGAGGACUUCAACGAAGAGCUCGCGCGCGCGCCGCCGGUGUGCCCUCUCAGCCCCGUGAGCAAGGGGGGCGGGCUGAUGGCGAUGACGAUGAUGAAGGAGGCCGAGUGGUUCUACAGCGACGGCGACGGCGAGGGCGACGACGGCGGUGUGGUCGAGGCGAGGAAGCGUAGUGGCAGUGGCAGGCACAUGGUGGUCCGGCGCCGGAGGUGGAGCCUGCUGCUGAUGUUCAGGCUGCUCAAGAAGCUCUUCCUGGUCAAGAAAUCCAGGAGCGGAAGAACCGCGUCAAUCUGAUCACACCAGAUGAGCUCCAGAAGUCAAUGCAGAAAUUAUUGGUGCGGUGCAUCAGUCACUACUCAGUAGUGUGUGCAUAGUUGAUACUACGUAUAUCAUAUACUCUACAUGUGUAAUUUUGCUUUUUCUCACAAGACUUCUUUUUGGCUGAAGAGUGUAUUCCUCUUCAUCAUCUUUCUCUUGUUUUGAUCAACUUGUUCUUCUUGGCAUCAGUAUAUUCCCAACUACAAACAA